ACCAUUUGACUGCACACGACUGGAUAAAAUAAAACACGAAAACCCCGGAUCUGUUUUUUUUAUGACCGACAAUAUGUCUCUCCAAUAGGAUAUAUUUGAAGAAUGUUACCUGUUUUAAAUACAGGCAUUAAUUUUUUCUCGGAUUUAUUGUCGAUUGGGAAACAGUUUCAAACCUGUUACCACAAGGCCCCUUUGUUCCCUGAUGAAUAAUUCAUGUAUUGAUUUCGGGCGAUUAACAAUGACUAUUUGACAUAGGAAAUGUUUAUUUCUGUAUUUGCUGUGGGUUUAAUGCAUCUACAAGAAAACACCGAGAAUUACAGAAAUUCUGCCAGAAAAGAAUAAAAAUGUGAACGUAUUUUUCCCAACUCCAACCGAGGCCUGACUGGCAACAUGUUUCCCUGUUUUCACUGCCCACCGUCGCUCCACCCGGCAGUACGACCCCUGGGGCUGGACUACAGCUGCCAGCCACACACACCAUAUCCGGCAUAUGGUCUGCACACAGAUCUCCAUGAUGACACGUUUGCGCGGCGAAAGCAGCGUCGCAACAGAACGACCUUCACCUUACAACAGCUGGAGGAACUUGAAAAAGCCUUUGCACAGACCCACUACCCAGAUGUAUUCAUGCGCGAGGAUCUGGCGAUGCGCAUUAAUCUCACAGAGGCUCGUGUUCAGGUGUGGUUCCAGAAUCGGCGCGCCAAGUGGAGAAAGAGUGAACGAUUUGCACAACAACAACCUCAAGGGGGCAAGGGUGACAUGCCCGGGGGUGAGGAGUCAGAACAGCAUAGUGACACCGAUAUAGGUGUGGAGGUUGGACAGGAAGUUGAGAGACCGGAAGAUCUUGAGGAGGUGAAGGACACAUUGGGCGAGACAGGGGAAAUAACUGUGGCUGAGGAAACGAAACUUUCAGUUGUAGCAUCACCCGUUUUAGAGUCUAAGCCUAUUGUUUGUACAGAAACUCAAGAUGUUAGUGACAUUCCAGAAAACCUUGUGAUCAAAGACGAUACGGAAGAGUCUGAUCGGGAGAAUAAAGGUGAAGGACGGGAUUUGUGUGUGUCUGAUACAGAAGGGCGGGAGACACCAGACGACCACGAAGGGGCAGACGACAGGAGCACGACAACAGACGACAGACAACAGGUACAAACAGAGGAGGAUACAAACAGACCCACCUCGUCUGAGUUCGACUCCCUGGCGUCUGGUGAGCCUUCCUCCCCAGCAGGUCUGAAGACAUCGGUCAGCGGUAUGCCGUCUCUUGGAUUGCCACAAUCAGACUUCUUCGCUAAAGUGAGCGCGGGGCAUCUUCCGUUCUCGCAGUCGCUCCUUGUGGCCUCAGCAUCAAGGCCUGGAUUCUUCCCGAUGUUUGACGGGUCCAGCAUGAAGCCAUGCUACGAUGCUCAUUUCAACCACAGACCCCUGCUUCAACACUAUCCACAUCCAGCUUUCAAAGGUUGUAUGCCAUUUUGCCUGUGUUCCAACCCGUCUCGACCAACCUGGCCACCAUUUCUAGGAAUGCACGAGCACCGGAACUCAUCUGUCGCAGAACUGAGGCGGCGUGCACGUGAGCAUGCAGAAGCCAUGGUUGCCAGUUCAACCGACCGACUGUUUAAACCAGAGUAAUCACCCAUCCAGUCAUUACACCAUAUCAAGAUAACAUUGUAAAAUAAUUAUGAUCACCAUGUAUCAUAAAUUAAGAAUAUUUCAACCUCUAACGUAAUGGACAUUGUGUUAUUCUGCAUACGAAGCCAAAGAAUCAAGGUCAUUUUACCAUGUGGGCGGAAGGACGUCUUAUAAAGAAGUGGACAUAUCAUGUGACCGGAAGUUCAGAUGUCAUCACGUGGCCAAGAUGGCGUCAUGAACUAUCAAAAAUAGUGCUGUUUUGUAUAUACUGAUUAUUCAGGCCAAUAAUCAUACAUGUUACACUAGUUGAUCCACAUAUGUAAAUACAUAUCAUGCCAAAUGACAUGAUCUAUACACAUGGAGAAAGAGAAGUCUUUAAUGUAUUAUUUGAACCCUCUGAGCCCAUGACUGAUCACAUAUGAAUAUAAAGAUAUUGUCUGAAUGUGAACUUGUCAGUGUAAAUAUGACGCGUUUGUGUGUAUGUACGACGAUUACCGUUAUGUUUACAACGAUAUAUUACGGAUGGGGAACGCUUUUUGCUUCGUGUAAAUGUUGGCAAGAAAAUGGAAAUAUGAUUUUUUUCACAAUUAUCCUUCUAUCGUAACAGCGUUUAUUAUGAUUUUCAUAUUUUUGUAUUAAUACGCAUCGUCUCUGUGAUAUUUCAUUCUUUUUGUUUGUUAGUCUAAUCAUUUGAUAAUACAAAUUGCGUAGAUCGAUGCUCAAGCUGUUGAUCACGGGAUUGUCUGGCCCAGACUCGAUUAUUUACAGACCGCCGCCAUAUAGCUGGAAUAUUGCUGAGUGCGGCGUAAAAUUAAACUCACUCACUUAAUCAUUUGAUAAUACUAUUUGGACAUAAGAGGUUAUGACAUUUCAAAGAACUCAUAUAUAUUUCCGCUAUUAAAUGAUCACGAUGAGGAUAUACAGAGGACAAAAAUCAUUUAGAACAUCAUUGAGAUUGUAUUCAUUUUAUUAUACCGAAAGAAACUGACAAACAAAAGAACGUAGGCACGUGAAAACAGGAUGUGACAAAAUACAAACUACAAAUCGUUACACAACUUACACAAAUUCGAAUCACCUGUUCAUGUUUGUUUUAUGUUUCACCACAAUAUACAACAUGGGUGAACACUUUCCUUUGUCGACAGUUUCUAUCACUGAUGCGAACAAGGUUUAAAACCAUUGAAAUUAUUUGUUUUGCGAGCGACUUCAAACAAUAUAACUAUUAUUAUAUAAAUAACAUGAUCGUUGAUCCAUUAUGCCAAAGGUAGGCAUUCAUGUAUUCUAAGAUUAUAUGAAUUUAAUAAUAGUUGUCAAUACAUCAGUGUUAUAAUAUGAUUAUUUUACCUGCCCUGAAUCAGCAUAAGUAACAUUUGUGUUUAUUGCAUACCUCCUCGUUAUCUUUGCUUCUUUUCUUAUGUUGUAGUGCUAGUGCAAUAAACUGACAUGCUGUCAUGUCAUGCAGUCUUGGUGCAUUUGUUUAAGCCAUGACAUUUUGGUGCAAUCGUUUAUGUCAGCAAUUUAAUUUAUAUUUUUAUUUAUUACUUGUGGCAAUUUUGUAUACUUACAAAGUGUAUAUGUACGUUCAAAUGUUGUAAUGAUUGUUGACAUGUUGAAAUAAUGUUUUGUUUUGAAUAAAAUAAUCGAAAUAGAAA